AUGUCUUCCGGUGGUAAAUCAGGUGGCAAGGCCGGUGGUGAAAAGACCUCUCAAUCACGAUCCGCCAAAGCUGGUCUUCAAUUCCCAGUCGGACGUAUUCACCGACUUUUGCGAAAAGGUCACUACGCCCAACGUAUCGGUGCCGGUGCACCUGUCUACCUUGCUGCAGUUCUCGAGUACCUUGCAGCUGAAAUUCUCGAGUUGGCCGGUAACGCAGCCCGAGACAACAAGAAGUCACGUAUCAUUCCUCGACAUCUUCAACUUGCCAUCCGAAAUGACGAAGAGUUGAACCGCCUUCUUGGCCACGUUGUUAUCUCCCAGGGUGGUGUUCUUCCUCAAAUUCACGCCGAGCUCCUCCCUGCCAAGUCAAAAGGCAAAGCAGGAAAGAAUUCACAAGAAGUCUGA